UAUAAAUAGUGAUAUUCUUUUCCCUCCUCCAUCACCAAAAACCCUCUCCAAGAAAUUAGCAAUAUUCCUGCAAUGGCUCACAACUCAUCUCUCCUUGCUCUCCUUUUCAUCUUCAACAUCCUGGUAGCCAUUACGGUUGCCGGACGUGAACUCCCCAAAAACUCCAACACCGCCAACAAAAUGCGACCGCAGUGGUUUCUGGAACCCGACGGCAGUUUGCUCAUUCCGGGCAUCGGCCGGGUAAUGGUGCCGCCGUCCAGGCGGCUCCCAUCGUUUGGGGGAACUGGCGGCAGUUAUCUUCCGGGCGGAGACGACACGUUUGUCCCUAACCCUGGGUUUGAGAUCCCAAAUCCUGCCGGCGGCAUUCCGGCCGCAGCUCAUCCUUAAUUGAGAUUGCGCCUACAUUUCUUGCUCAUGAGUUGCUUGUCAUGAAUAAAUCUAGUAGUGGAGAUGCAUGUGUGUUUGCAUCUGUGACAGUAAUGGAGUCCGGGACCAGGGGUUCUCUUAGUAGGGACAAUGUACGGAAUGAAUUUGAGAAUGGAAUGAAAUUAUUAUUUCUACUCA